AUGGGUUCGGAUGCGGCGCGGUUGCUGGAGGCGGCGGACUUCGCGGCCUGGAAACACAGGGAGCAGCGGCGGAAGGACCCCGAGGGCACCCCCUACAUCAACCACCCCAUCGGUGCGCGGCCGCUCUCGUCCCGUUGCCCUUCUCGCGGUCCCUGCAGCGAGGCCCCGGUGCCGCUCCCGUCCGGUCAGCCCCCCUACGGUGGAGCGCGCGGCGCGGGGCCUCGACCCCCUCCCUCCCCACCCCUCCCGGUGUCUCCCGUUCCAGGCGUGGCGCGGAUCCUGUCACACGAGGCGGGGGUCACGGACGUUGUGGUGCUGCAGGCCGCGCUGCUGCACGACACGGUGGAGGACACGGACACCACGCUGCCCGAGAUCGAGGAGCGCUUCGGGCCCGAGGUGCGGCGCGUGGUGGAGGAGCUGACGGACGACAAAACGCUGCCGAAGGCGGAGCGGAAGCGGCUGCAGGUGGAGCGGGCGGCGGGCAGCAGCGCCCGGGCCAAGCUGGUGAAACUGGCGGACAAACUGCACAACCUGCGGGACCUGCAGCGCUGCGCGCCCAAAGGAUGGUCGGAGGAGCGCGUGCAGGAGUACUUCCGGUGGGCGGCGGAAGUGGUGGCCGGCCUGCGCGGGACGAGCCCGCCGCUGGAGGCGGCGCUGCAGCGGCUGCUGGAGGAGCGCGGCGUGGCGCCGGGGCCGGGAACGGGGCAAUAAAUGUGGCGGGUGCCACCUCGCAUCUCCUUCCUGAUUGCCUUGGUGCUUCCGGCGCGGCGUCACGUGACUCCCGGUGCUUCCGGCGCGCGAGGUCCCGUGGUGCGUGGGUU